CACCUCAGGUGGGAUUCUUUCUUGCCCAGCUGUAGUUUCAGAGCCGGUAGUCCUAACUGCCUUCUCAAGGGCGGCCAUGGACAUUCCGCCAUCCAGAUUCCCUCUGGUUUGCGUUCUUCUGAUUCUUACCCAUGUCUGCGGCGGCGCGGGAACGAGUCACAUGACAGCUGAUUGACCCGAAACAACACAACUUUCACUAUUUUUAACGACGUAUUCGCUUUCUUGUUAUUUCGAGGCUAUUUCGCUAUCACGUUUGGUCUCUUAACUUCUGCCACUUUUUUUGAAAACAGGUUUUACAGUCAGCUGGUGAUCAAUUAAAAGAUGGAAGCUUCUUCAGGGAAAAAAGUUGGGGAGAAUCCUCAAAAUGAAAUAAGUCAUGGAGCUUCAACCAAAAGUAAUUGUCAUCAGCUUUCACAACCAACUGUUGAUACGGGUAACAAUCACGAUACAGAUAGUGACCAGGUGACAGAGUUGGCUGAAAAUUUUCCUGUCCAUCUGACAGUGAGUGACCUGGAGGUAGAAAUUAGUGCAGGCAGCUCUGAGGGUUCUGGAAGCCAGCCAGUUAAAGAAAUGCCCACUGGAGAUCCAAAAUCAGUUUCCCCCAGAGGAGCAGGUUUGGUUUGUCUUUGGUUUGUGUUUUCCACGACUUUCAGUCUAAAUGCUUAUGAUAGUAUGGCUAACAGAGAACACUAUUUUUGUAAAAAAAGAAAUGAAUAAAUAAUGAAAAGAUGAAAAUCAAACUUUCUGGGAGCACAAUAAUCACAAAGGUUAAUUUAUGGGCAACCAUCUACAAAUUGGUUCAAAUGGUUCUCUUAUCUACUCAGUCUAGGGAACAGUUUUUCUGCAGUUUUAGUUGUUUGGUGUCGCGCUAUUUUGCAGUUUGUAGUGAGCCUAGGUGGAAAUGAUUCUAAACACGGGUGAUUUGUGUUUUCUUUGAUCUAGGUAAAUCAGCUUAAUUGAUCAUGACUCCAUUAUGAAGAAAACUUUGAAUUGAA